AUGAACUCCGCAUCGCAAGGUGAGAAGGCCCUCGCCGAGUCGAACGCUCCCCUUGCAAUUCAACACUUCACUCGUGCCCUGUGCGAGUUACCCCGCGCCCCAGCAUACUACAUCAACCGCUCAACCGCAUACUCACGCCUGAAGCCCGCUGACGGUGGUCCUAACCGGACUGCUGCAUUGCGCGAUGCUGAAAUUGCAGUCUUUCUCGCUCGCGAGCGUGGCAAGCGCGAGCUUAUUCUGUCUGCACAGAUGCGGCGCGGUAUUGUCCUCUUCCAGAUGGAGCGGUACGGCGAUGCCCACUACAUUUUUGAGCAGAUUGAAGCCAAGACAGGUGGCCCGAGCCAACCUGUUGAUAAGUCUGAGGGAAUUAAGAACGCCAUGGCUGGCGGAUGGACCAAAAAGGACGGAUACAGUGCAGAGUUGCCGAUCUGGAUGGCGAAGGUCCGCCGGAAGCUGAGUGAAUUUGAGGGUGAUGAAAAAACCGCUGUUUCGGUUGCUGAGUACCCUACCGACGUACGCGUACCGACUGAGAAGGAGUUGAAAGCCGAAUGGGAGAGACUCAAGUCUGGAAAAUCAGGCGCCGAAGAUUCACCAGCCGCCCAGCCUACUACUGGGGCUGCAGCUUCGUCUGCGGAGUCGAAGGCGCACGCCGUAGAGCAGCAGCCUGCUAGCAAUGCUUCCGCCACAGCUAUUCCGGAGAAGAUUCGUCAUGAAUGGUACCAAUCCCAGGAUUCAGUUGUUGUGACGCUGUACGUGAAGAACGUCCCAAAGGACAAAGUCGAAACUGAGCUGAAGGACGACUCGAUAUCUCUCCAAUUCCCUCUACCAUCUGGCUCUGAGUAUGAUUUCACCCUUGACCCGCUCUAUGCACCCAUCAACACAUCGGCCUCUAAGAUCACUGUCAUGGGCACAAAAAUCGAAAUCGUCUUGCAGAAGCAGACACCGGGCCAGAAGUGGAAUGCCCUUGAGGCAUCUGCCGGCACCACGAAGCUUGCAGACCGACCGUCCGCGCCAGCUGCACCGGCGCCAGCUACCGCUGGGCCCGCCUACCCGACCUCAUCUCGCCAUGGCACCAAGGACUGGGACAAGGUUGCGUCUGCCCUUACGGCUAAGAAGUCCAAGAAUGCCAAACCCAAGGAAAAGGACGAUGGGGACGAUUCCGAUGCCGAAUCCGUAGACUCGGACUUUGGCGGUGAUGCCGUGGAUGGGUUCUUUAAAAAGCUCUAUGCCGGUGCUGACCCUGACACUCGUCGUGCUAUGAUGAAGAGCUACCAGGAGAGUAACGGCACAUCGCUGAGCACCAAUUGGAGCGAGGUCGGAGCCAAGAAGAUGGAACCCCACCCACCCUCCUAG